AUGCCCGUCUCGGCGCAGACAGAACAGCGCCUCCUCCAACACUACGGUCUGACGCGAGUUGGCACCUUAUAUCCCGAUGCCUGGCCGCACCAGGACGACGACUCGUCCGGCGACGAAGAGGACGAUAUAGAAGCACAGCAGAACAAUAAAGCCAUCAACCGACAAACGUCCAAGCUGUCAGGCAACUCGCGCUCGAGCUACUCCAAAUACCGCAACAUCGACCGACAUGCCUCCAUCCGCUCCGGCACCACCACCUCCGAGAGUUUGGUCCAGCAGGAUGAGGCAGACCCCCUCGGCAAGGCAUCGAGCGUGGCCUCUGAGCUCAAGCAACGGGGUCUGCCGGUAGAGGAGAACCUCAAGUUGCGAAAUCGGUUCAUGCUCAGCUCCACCACCUUCUCCCCGGCCCUUUUCCUGUCGCAGGUCCACCAGGAUGCCAGUACUCAGGACCUGCUGCGUGGGCUAGAUACUCUCAGCCAGAGCAUCGAGCAGAAGUCCGCCUCCCUCAAAGUCCUGGUCGAGUCCAACUUUGAGAAGUUCGUGCGCGCAAAGGCUACGAUCGAUAAUGUCUACAAGGAGAUGCGCGACCAGGGAGCAGAUGUAGAGGGUCAGCAAGCGGGACGGCGACCGCACUCACGGCAUGCGAGUCGGCAGUCUGUGUCUCACUUUCGUAAUACGAGUGGGCCGUUCAGUCCGACAAACAAACCUCUACCCAGUGACAAGAAGAAGAAUGCUCUCACAAAGGAGUCCGAAUAUGGUGUGCAAGGGAUUAAAGCCCCUCUGGUCGAAGUGGCGAUCAAAGCGGAAGAAGUAUGGGGUCCAGCGAUUGGAGGGAGGGAGAAGGAGGAGACACUGAAGGCGGUAGUGUCCAACAUCGAGAGUCACAAGGACAUUUUCCGGCUGAGUGGGAACCUACACGAGAGUAUACGAAAGAGCGACUAUGACGGAAUUGCGGAGGCGUGGAAACAGGCGAAGAAGUAUGCGGACCAGGCGAGGAAUAUUGCGGAGAUCGCGGAAGGAGCUGGCGGAGAGUUGAAGGACUCGCAAGCACAAUUCAUCAUUGUCACGGCGAAGACGUGGCAUCACGUCACGCAGCAGAUUGAGGACUUCAAGCGUGAUGUAUGGCGGAAAUUGAAGUCUUCACACGGAAGGAAACCGGCAGCAGUGUCCGACGAGACGGACAAAGAGGAGCACAUGGAGCUGAUCGGCGUGCUGCUUCAGCUCGGAGUCGACGAGAAUCCAAUCUGGGAAUGGCUGCAUAGCCGGUACGUCUAUCUGAAGGACAAGAUCGCUCGGUCAUUCGAGCGGUCCAGAAUCGAGAUUGAGAUCCUGCGGCGGAAGAUAGCCAACGGAGAUCAGACGGACGUCAAACUGUUGGCAAGACACUUGCGUUCGGUAUCGGAUUCGAAGUCGUUGCGCGCUGGCAAAGACGUGCACAAGGAUAUGGACACACCAGCCGUCCUCGCUUUCUGGGAGAAGGUACAAACAUCCGUCACCGGUCUUCUCUCUUCUCAACACGGUGUGCUCGGCGAAGUACUGGAGUACUGGGAAAUCGCCCAAUCCUUCAUCGACAACAAAGCGCAAAGAAACUUCCCAACCCCUGUCUUCGCCGCCGGUAUUGAACAGCUGGAGCUCGAGCCCGACGACGUCCAAAAUCUCCGCGCCGGCGCUGUCGAGCUCAUAAAUCUCCUUCGCGAAAACAUCUUCGCCUUCUUCUCCGAUGAUCCAGUCGAAGACCUCAGCGACCUCUACUCACCCAUUCCUCCCACGCCCAUCACACCUGCCCCAGACUCCUCGUCACCCGCCUCCUUUCUAACCCCAACCGCCAAACGAGCGUUUACCUUCGACCCCGCCACAAUUCCACCACCCUCACCCCGCCGCGGCGACGCUUGGGAGAAGUUCGCCUUCUGGCCACCUGCCGCCAACUCCCUCUCCGGCUCCUACCACCUCGCUCGCCUCCUCGUCCUGGUUGGCACAGCAGCCUCGGAAAUGGCCUCCCUUCCUCUGACCCGCCAAGCCCGGCUCACAGACUCCCUCCGCUCUCUUGUCGCCGCCGUCCGCGAGCGAAGCCUCCAAGCUGUCGUGGCCGCUUGGUCCACCGAUGCCGACCGCGUCAAGUGGAUGGAGAACUGGCAGCGGAGUCCGCAGCGCAACGAUCUGACCUUACUACCAGAAGGCCUGAAGGGUUGGGAAGAGUGGGUUGUAGAGGGCGUGCAGAAGAUUGCGUAUGUGAGUGAGGCGAAUGCUGGCCGGGAAGAAGAGGGCGUUGUGGGUGCGCCGAGUGCGAAGUUGUUGACACUGGUGAGGCAAGCGUUUGUGGGAAGUUUGUAUAAGGCACUAAGCGGGAUGGUGGAGUGUGCGGAGAAGGAUGUCAAUAAGAAUGGAGAAGAUGGGGAAGAGGGUGGAGUCGUGGUGAAUGGCUCUUCGAAUGGCUCCGGUGAAGGCAACGGAGCUGGGAUAGGAAGUCCUUUGAACCAGAACACCCGCAAACUCCUCACUCUCUCCAACCUAACCCACCUCCGCAUCGAAACCCUCCCACACCUGCUCUCACACUUCGAAGCCGCCUUCUCCCUCAAACUCACCGACGAGUCCGCCAAACUCCGCGACGUCCUCUCACAGAUCGAAUCUCGCCUCUUCGACUCCUACAUCUCGCCCACCACCGCCCGCAUCGACCACCUGGUCUCAUCAGCCAUCAGCUCGCCGAACUGGGCCCCCGCCCCCACCCGCCCAUCAGACCCCGCACGACCCACAGACGCGAAACCCUACAUCUACGACGUCCUCCUCACCCUCGUCCUCGCACACUCCGAAAUCUCCACCACCGCCCCUGCCCUCCUGCACCCCCUCAUCUCACACGCCCUCGAAAAGGCCUCGGAGUCCCUCCUCGCUGCCUUCCAAGCCCGUACCGGCCGCUAUUCCCUCUCCGCCCUCAUGCAAGCGACGUUGGAUGUGGAAUUCCUGGCGCAGACGCUCAACCAUUUCACCUCGGACAAAGCGGGUGAAGUGCAGAGUCGCAUAUACUUGGCGCUGGAUGAGCGGACGGAUAACGAGGCGCGGGCGAAGUUGCAGGCGGAGUUGCCGGAGAUGCGGGGGGCGCUGAAGAAGCUGCGGGAGGGGAGUAAGGGGGUUUAUGGGUGUUUUCGGCGGGAGAGGGGGCAGGGGGGGAGGGGGAGGGGUGGGAGUAGUCGGGGGUAG